UUACACAGAACUUUGAGAUGAAACAAACCGAGCGUUAAAGACUCAGUAUUUGCGGAUAAAUGCGUUUUGGGCGGUUUUUCCAAUGGGGCCCGCAUUGAUAUUAUUUUGGCUUUGGGGCGUGGUAGAAUCUUGUUUAUCGUCUAUUUUUAUAUUGGUGUUGCCACGUUGGUGCUAAGAUAUUGCUCUUGAAUUUUUUUAUUACAUUUCCUCGGGGUCACUAUCAGCAAAAUAUAUUAUGUUUGCUGAAAGUCUGCAAUAGAAUGAGAACACUACUAUGAGAGGAAAUAAAAUUUGUCUUUUAAGCAUCGUAAAAAGGGGAAUGGAACUGGUUGGAUUUAUAUUGGGUUGUUUAUGGUAGUUGGACAUCUGGUAUUGAAUGAGUUGGUGGUUUUGACCUUUUAGAGAAUUUCAAAGGAGUCCACUGACUUUGCUGGCUGCAAUUAGUUGGUAUGAGGACUUACUUUCACUUUAACGUUGCCAGAGUGGCCACGCCCUUGAAUUUCGUGAUAACUUUCUGUAAGGUAGGGACUAGUGAGUAAAGCAUUUGUAGGUUUAUGGUCGUUCUGAUGCUUUGCUAAGAUGCAGUGUCUUUUGAAAAUAUUACAGGAGUUGUUAGAAGGGGAUGGACUUACCCUAAUUCAGUUUCAUCCUUACAAGAAAAAUUCUUUCACACCUAAUAAUUAACUUGAAAUCAUUCUUCCGGUCCUCAAAGUUCUGUUUCUAUUUCAUCUACAGAGAUUUUUUUUUUUUUUUGCGCACUGGUUUGUGCAGUUGUACUGCCAAAACUAGUAUAGGUUAUGCCUUACUGUCUUUGCAGUUAUUGGAAGAUCAUAUCUAAAUUGAAAAAAAAAAAAGUGAUUUGUUGUCUGGCUUUAUAUACAAACCAUUUCUAAUUGGCACCUCACUUGUGCUUUCUGUUUAAGGCAUUUUUCUAAUGUAUUCCUUAAUGGAAAUGGCGUAUCAUGUUUUCUCUUUUCUUUUCCUUUUUUCUCCUCAUUAUGCAAGCUGUAUUUUACUAAGGGCAUACUAACAACUUUUACCAAGUUCAUGGAUGGUCCACUAUGUUGUGGUUUUUUAGAAUUAGUAUGUUUUGCACAAGUCUAGAGACUUUGAGGGGAUCCCUUUUCAUGAUUUUCUUGUAUCUAGAUAGACGACUCUCUCAUAUACAUGGGUGUGCCUUUUGCUCGUAUUGAUGAAAUUUUAUUAGUAUAAAAAUGUAUUUUAUGUGAAAGUUCUAAACAAAACAUAGGGGAAAAAGCCUGAAGACACCAGAGAUUAAUGAGCUUUGAAAACCUACAUCCAUGGAUGAUGCACUUUUGCAAGUAUCCAUUAUCAAAAGAUGAGUAUUACAAUUUGCACACCCUAUCAAGAAUAACCCUUCAAACUCUGUCAGAUAUUUCCCCAACACACCAUACAAUAUAAAUUGAAAGAUCUACUUGUGGAUCCUCCAGAAUUCUCCUCAGAGGCAGCCUCUGCGAUCUGUUCCCAGAGACUCAAAAAACUUCAUAAAUAAAACUAUGAUUAGGCCGAGCUUGGAUCAGAAGAGAAAACAAGGUCAAACAACUGCUAUCAGAGGUUUGGAUCAGCCUUUUGAUGUCAAAGUGCAAAGUUUCAUUAAACUUGGUGUGUGUACAUGUAAUUAUGACUCAAAAGGUUUCGAAGAAAGGACCUGGGAGCUACUUUUAUCAGUUGAACAUGUUAUCAGAGAACAGAAUGUUUUGGCUGCAAAUGAGUUCAUUGAGCUCUUCUGUGAAUUGGUUGUGUCCAGACUUCCGAUCAUUGCCAAGCAAAGGGAAUGCCCAGCAGAUCUCAAAGAAGGGAUUGCUAGUUUAAUAUUUGCUGCCCCAAGGUGUUCAGAAAUUCCAGAACUAGUGGCAAUUAGGAAUAUUUUUGAGAAAAAAUAUGGGAAAGAUUUUGUAUCUGCAGCUACUGAUCUGCGACCUAACAGUGGUGUAAACCGCAUGUUAAUAGACAAGCUAUCUGUCAGAACCCCUACUGGUGAAGUGAAGUUUAAAAUCAUGAAGGAAAUAGCAAAAGAACACAAUAUUCAAUGGGAUACAACAGAAUCUGAGUUGGAGCUUCUCAAGGCUCCAGAAGAGCAUAUAGAAGGACCAAACACUUUCGUUAGUGCUACCAGCUUACCCCUGAAGCCUGAACCGACUCAGUCUGCUGGGUCAAAUAAGCCAACUACCAGAUCAACAUGUUGUAGAGAAAAUGGCAAUAUGCAUUUUGAGGACACAGUGUCAGCUGCUGAAGCAGCUGCGGAAUCUGCCAAGAAAGCAAUUGCUGCUGCCCAAGCUGCUGCCUAUUUGGCAAACAGAGACUUCAAUCCAGCCACUCGAGCAUCUAGCCUUGCUAACAAGUUGAAUGACUCAAAUAUCAACCAUGCCUUUGAUACCCUUUCGGGCAAAUCUACUGGCUCCUUUAUGCCAAAUGACCAUUCUGCAGUUAACCUACAGAAUAUGGAUCAUCAGCUAAAUGCUACAGGGAGCAAAUAUGAGUCGGAGAGUUUUGGAAGGUCUCAUUGUGUAAGCAGUGAGGAGACACUGACUACCAAUAUGAAUGGUGGAAAGGUUUAUAGGAGGCACAGCUACAACAAUACACCUUCUGGACAUUCAGACAUAAAGUUUGAUGAAUCAGACUGUGAUGAAGAAAUUGAGAUGGAAGAACCUCCCAGUGGCAUUUGUCCACCGCCCGAGCGGCCUCCACCUUUGGUACCUUCAUAUCAUGAUAAACAAGAUCCAGCCCUUCGCGUGCAUCCCAAAUUGCCAGAUUAUGAUGCACUUGCUGCUCGCUUUGAAGCACUGAAGUAUCGCAAAUCACUACCUAAAUAAAACAUAGAUUUCUUGGAUAUAAAUUUUGUUUGCUUUUAUAAUCAUAUUCAGAUGGUCUAUGUAUGCAAUUGUAUCUCAUAGAUGCUAAAUUACGCAUAUGCGAGAAUUAUUAAAUUUGUAAGGGGAGUGUCAUUUGUCAACUUUACUGUCAUAGAAUAUGUAAAUUGUGUGAUUAUUUAACGGA